UCUGAACUCUGUGGUUUAACUGGCACCAAGUCAACGACAACCACGCUGACAGACGAAGGGACGGCUGUCACUGAAUGAUCCACAUGAAUCUGACGCAUGACCUCAUGGAUGACUUCAUGAACAUCACAAGAUUCACCACAAACGAACCAUCCUCGUUCACCACUGAUGGCGACUACGAGUACGAGGACCUGAUGUGUGACCGCGCCCCGGUGCGGAGCUUCAGGCGCCUGUUGGAGCCGCCGCUCUUCUGGAUGAUCACCCUGGUGGGCGGAGCCGGGAACCUGGCUGUGGUGUGGAUGUACCUGAACCUCCGGCAGCGACUGAAAACCAUGUCAGAUGUGUACCUGCUGAACCUGGCCGUGGCCGACCUGCUGUUCCUGGUCACGCUGCCGCUGUGGGCGGCCGAGGCAUCACACGGCUGGAAUUUUGGCCGUGCCCUCUGCAAGGUGAACUCCGCCCUCUACAAGGUCAACCUGUUCAGCAGCAUGCUGCUGCUAACAUGCAUCAGUGUUGACCGCUACGUGGUCAUCGUACAGACCACCAAGGCACACAACUCACAGCUGGAGCGCCGGCGCCACAGUCGGCUGGUGUGUGUGGGGGUGUGGCUUCUGGCCCUGCUGCUGGCCACUCCUGAGCUUGUGUUUGCCAACACGGUUAACGUGGACUCUCAGCCGUACUGCAGAAUGGUGUACCCCCCUUCUCUGGGCAACCGCACUAAGAUCCUGGUGCUGUCCAUACUGGUGAGCAUGGGGUUCUUCUUACCCUUCAUCAUCAUGGCGUUCUGCUACAGCGUCAUUGUCGCCAAGCUGAUCAAUACCCGAAACUUCCAAAAGCACAAGGCCAUGCGCGUCAUACUGGUUGUGGUGGUAGUGUUCAUCAUGUCCCAGCUGCCCUACAAUGGCGUACUGGUCAUGAUGGCGACGCAGGCCUCCAACAUGACCAUGACGGACUGCGAGGUCGUGAAGCGUUUCGACAUUGUGGGACAUGUGCUGAAGAGUCUGGCCUACCUGCACGCCUGCCUCAAUCCCUUCCUCUAUGCGUUUGUGGGCGUUCGAUUCCGCCGCGACGUCCUGCAGCUCCUGCGCCUCGGGAGCAGCCGCUGCCUGCGACUGGUCAACAAGCCUCCACUGAGGGAGGCCAGCAGGAGUCCGCUGAGCUCCACUCGAGCCUCGGUGAUGUCAGACAGCGACACCUCGCAGGUGCUGUCACUGUGACCAUGUGACCUCCACUUCACACCUGAGCUGCCACAGACACCCUCUCAUCACUCUCCAUCAUUUGAUCCUGUUUUACUUCAAGCUGUUUAAAAUAAUUGAAACUUUUGUCUUUCCUGAAUAUUUCCAGGACUUUCUCAGAAUUAGUUUGUUGAUGAAAUAAAUGAUAAACAAAG